CUCUUUUGCUACUGCCAUCUUGAAGUAGACGUAUUUCUUGUGCACUCACUACCCGGUUCCAGGUGAUAUCUAAUGAGCACAGAAAAGCGUCUACUGUGUGUUGAGUAAUCCGUGACGUUAUUGCGGUACGUCGGCGUUCGGGCCCGCCGUCGGUAACAUCCAUAGAAAGCCACUACUACUAUGGAUCCUGAUAUGGAUGUCGACUCGCCGGAGCCACGAGGAACUAAACGACCAGCGGAUGCGGUUGAGCAAAGUGAUGAACCCAAGAGGCCGAAAAGAAUCAGGGCUCUCGACCCUGAUGUGGUCAACAAGAUUGCCGCUGGAGAGAUCAUUGUUGCCCCCAUGCACGCCCUGAAAGAGUUAAUCGAGAACGCUGUAGACGCUGGAUCAACCUCCAUUGAGAUUUUGGUCAAGGAUGGUGGGCUAAAACUCCUCCAAAUCACUGACAAUGGCCAUGGUAUCGACCGAGAUGAUCUACCCAUUCUCUGUGAGCGAUUCACAACUUCCAAGUUGAAAGCGUUUGAGGACCUUUCCUCGAUCGGAACCUACGGGUUCCGAGGCGAGGCUCUCGCGAGUAUCAGCCACAUCGCCCAUCUAACCGUCACCACGAAGACGGCCGGAUCUAGCUGUGCCUGGAAAGCGGUCUACAGUGACGGCAAGCUUGUUCCUGCUAAGCCUGGGCAAAGUGCUGCUCCAAGAGCCACUGCUGGACGUGGAGGCACUCAGAUAACGGUCGAGGAUCUAUUCUACAACGUGCCCACCAGACGACGAGCGUUUCGCUCUGCAAGCGAAGAAUACGCCAAGAUUCUAGAUGUGGUCGGACGAUACUCUGUACAUUGCGCGGGAGUGGCCUUCUCGUGCCGUAAACACGGCGACUCGGGCGUCAGCAUCUCCACCCCGGCUAACGCAAGCACCAUCGACCGUAUCCGGCAGAUCCACGGCAGCGCUGUGGCCAACGAGCUCGUGGAGUUUGAUGUUGAGGAUGACAAGCUCGGUUUCCGCUCGUCUGGGCUGGUGACCAACGCCAACUACCACGUCAAGCGCACGGUCAUCCUACUGUUUAUCAACCACCGCGCUGUCGAGUCCACACCCUUGAAACGAGCCAUCGAGCAGACAUACUCAAACUUCCUCCCCAAAGGCGGCCAUCCUUUUGUCUACAUUGACUUGGAGAUCGAACCUCAACGGGUCGACGUUAACGUCCACCCCACGAAACGGGAAGUCAAUUUCUUGAACGAGGACGAGAUCAUCGAAAGCAUCUGCAGCGAUAUCCGCUCAAGGCUGGCCCAAGUUGACUCCAGCCGGACUUUCCUCACCCAGACUCUUCUCCCUGGCGUGAGAACGAUGGCCGACGCAGAAGGACUCGAGGACGAAGUCAGCAGCGCAGCCCCUAAAACCCCCAAGACCCCCGCGACAACCAAGAAACCAUACGAACACAACCUGGUGCGCACCGACUCGAAAGUCCGCAAGAUCACUUCCAUGCUCUCCCCCGCCGUUGGCACAACCACGACAACCCCGACCUCCACAACCGAACCCCCCACUGGGUCAGGGACUGUCCUAGACGAGGGCCUCCACUACGAGACUACGGACCGCGAACCCCUACGCAUCGCCCUGACCUCGAUCAAGAACCUCCGCGCCGCCGUACGCAGCAAUAUGCACACGACCCUGACGGAAACCAUCGCCUCGCUGACCUACGUCGGCCUCGUCGACGAACGCCGCCGCAUCGCCGCCAUCCAAUCCGGCGUGAAGCUUUACCUAGUCGACUACGGGAUGUUCUGCCACGAAUUCUUCUACCAGAUCGGCCUCACCGACUUUGGCAACUUCGGCCUCAUCACCCUCGACCCCGCCCCUGCCCUUCUCGACCUCCUCCACAUCGCUGCAGAAGCCGAAGCCGAAGCCGACACCAAGACGACCAACCCGACCGAAACCCAAGAAAUCUACCAAAAAGCACCCCAAGUCAUCGCGCAGACGCUCAUUUCCCGCCGCGAAAUGCUCAACGAGUACUUUGGGCUCAACAUCGACGAAGACGGCACCCUGCACUCCAUCCCGCUGCUACUGAAAGGCUACCUGCCGUCUCUCGGCAAACUGCCCCGGUUUUUGUUAAGGCUGGGCCCUUAUGUCGACUGGACCAGCGAGGAGGAGUGUUUCCGGACGUUUCUGCGUGAGCUCGCUGCGUUCUAUACUCCAGAGCCGUUGCCGCUCCCGCAUCAUCGGCCGACGGAUAUCUCUGCUGCUGCUGCUGCUGCUGCUGCUUCUACCAACACCCCCGCAAAUGCGGGAAUGGAGGAGGAUCCGAACAAUACCGAGAACGCGCCGCAAGCCCAACCACCCUCUCGACAACACGUACCCGACAACCAACCCCCUACCGAUGAAAACAUCGCCGACCCCGCAGCAGAGACACAGAUCGCGCACCGCCGCGCCCAAAUGGCCCGCAUGCUCGAGCACGUAGUAUUUCCGGCGAUGCGGGGUCGGCUGGUGGCGACGACGAGGCUGUUGAGGGGGGUGAUUGAGGUGGCAGAUCUGAAAGGAUUGUAUCGGGUUUUUGAGCGGUGUUGAUUGUUGCUUCUUAGGAGGUAGGUGGAUUGGUGGUGGUGUUGAACGUGUUUCUGUUUCUUGCAUUCCGUUCCUAGGUCGGGUUGUUUGAUGUAUAUAUGAGUCUUUCUGUGUUCUCUGUGGAUUUAUACCCACCCGGCUUGUUGGGAUUUUUUCUUGAUAUGUACGUCAUCAUAGUUAGUGUGAAUCUGGGGAUGAGAGGUAGGAUGGUUAUAUGAAUGCUAGAUCUGGG